CAGCGAGCAGACGCUUGCGUCAGUGUCAGAUAGGUCUCAAUGCCACCCUGCCCCAGGGGAAGCGCAGCAGGCAGACAGGCUGGGCAGGCGAGCAGGAGCCCACAGCAGAGCCCCUCAAGCUGCCAGCGUGCUGCAAGCCCCAUCAUCAUGCUGCUCCUCCUGCACCUGCUGCCCACCCUGCUGCCCACUGCCGCCCUGGCCAGCUGCACCGGUGCUGGUGCCGACCGGCAGCUCAUCCUGGCCAAGGUGCGAGCUCUGAUGCUGGAGCAUCUGAACCCCCCACCUCUCCAGGAGGAGCCCCAGAAAGAGGUGAGGAAGGUACACCGGAGAGAUGUCCUUGAAAUAGCUGAAGUAGAGCCCGAAGAGUUGGAAGACACUUCCCAUGUGAUCCUCUUCCCUUCCACAGACACACCCUGCGAGCCUACACAGCCAGACAAGCUGCUGGAGGAAGAAGGGAUUUUCACCUAUCUCUUCCAGCCCUCAGCGCACACCCUGAGCCGCACAGUGACUUCUGCCCAGCUCUGGUUUUACACCGGCCCCUCAGCCGCCCCUAACCACUCGGCCCCCGACGUGCUGACCCUGUCACCACAGGGCCGUGUGCCAGUGACAGCCACAGUGGUGCAGACACCAGAACACUGGACAGUGUUUCACUUGGCCCCGGCACUGCUGCCCCAGCUCUCGCAGCCACUCCUUGUGCUCCUGGUGCGCUGCCCCAGCUGCCCCUGCCUAGCUGAGCAGGACAAGAUGCCCUUCUUGGUGGCCGUCACCCAGGCCAAACAUGGCGAGAGAACUCGCCGCUCUGCUGUGCCCUGGUCUCCAGCUGCCCUGAGCCUGCUGCAGCGCCCGUCUGAGGACCUGGCUGCCCAUACCAACUGCCGCCGGGCUUCCCUCAACAUCUCUUUUGAGGAGCUGGGCUGGGACAACUGGAUUGUGCAUCCUAGCAGCUUCGUUUUCCACUACUGCCAUGGGAGCUGUGCUGAGGGGCACGGGCUGAGCCACCGCCUGGGUGUGCAGCUCUGCUGUGCUGCCCUGCCCGGCACCAUGCGCUCCCUGCGUGUCCGCACCACCUCUGAUGGUGGGUACUCCUUCAAGUAUGAGACAGUGCCCAACAUCCUGGCCCAGGACUGUACCUGUGUUUAAGGCAUCUCGAAGCCCGGUCCCAGACCAUGAUCCCACUUAGGAGGAGUCACUCAACCAGGGGACCCCUGGCCUCACGCCACAGGGACCAGAGGGACCCUGUAGGAUAUUUGGGCUGUGCCACCCUCACCUGUGCAAGGUGGAGUUUCGGGCUGCCCCAAGUACAAGCAUGCGGCCAGACCUGCCCCAUGGCCAUCCCCAGCCCAGAGCUAGCCAGGGCAUGGCAGGGCUGGGGCAGGCACAGCCACCAGUUGCAGCAUCAGCCCCUGAUAAAGCCAGCCUGCUGUCUGCAACCAGCUUAGAUCAGUUUCUCCCCACGAGCAACUCUUACCUCCCUCAAAAAAGACUGGGAUUCCGCUCUUGCCUCAGGGUGCAACAGCCUCGCUGUGCUCCGAGGCAGAGCCAGGUUUUCCUCGGCAGGGAUAGGGAUGUGCCAGGGUGAGCCCAUGCCAGGACCUUGCAACGGUGGCUGGUGCAAGCGAGCCCUCUCCUGGCAGCACAGCCUGUUGGAAAGCUUAAGGGGAUUAAUUAAAUAAACCUGUUUCCUUUACCAAAACAGUCUGGAAAUGCCAGCAUCCACCAGAGGCAGCCACGGAGGCAGCACGCAGUUAUGCACUGGGAAGUGAACUCCCCGGGGACUUUUGGCAGGAGGAUGGAGGGGAUGGGCGAGUGCUACUAGCGAGGUCCGUCUUCAACUGGGGGUUUCUUAGUGGGAGUCUGGGUGUGCUGGCCAAAAUCAGCAUGGCAUGGCGGGGUUGACCCAGCCAAGGCGCAGGGGAGUGCAGGGCAGCAUCCCUUCUGCUCCCAGCUGCAAUGGGAAGGGGAGGUGUGGGGGCAGCAGCUGGAAAGGGAGACGCAGGAAAGUUCCUCAGAGGGGCCCUCGGCAGGGAUGGGACCACACAGGAACGUGGCUGGAGCAAUUCUGCUCCACCAGGCCGAUGGAGGCUGCCCUGGCUGCAGCCGCCUCCGCACAGCAGGAACAACUGAGUCACCCCGGGCCAAGCAGGGAGGUCCCAGGGCAGGCGGCCACCACAGUCCAGCUGCGCAGGACUCCCUUCCCACCCCUUCCUCCCGA